CCUGAGUCAGGCAGAGGAGAGGAAGCAGGCAGAGCAGCAGAGAAAGGCUCUCUUUGCGGAAAUGGGCCUGGAUUCCUGUGAGGCAGAAAAGACUCCGUUGGACGCCAGAGGGAGGCCACUGGAUGACCGAAGGAUGCCCCCCAGACCUCCUCAUCCAUCUUUUCAUGAGAACGGAGGAGAAGCAGCAGCUGUGGAAACAGAUCUGGGUCCUCUGUGUUUUAAAGAUGUCGCUGUGUAUUUCACAGAGGAGGAGUGGGCGUUGCUGGAUCCUGACCAGAGAGCUCUGCAUAAGGAAGUCAUGGAGGAGAAUCGUAGGAUUGUGGACUCUCUCAGUAAGGAUUCCUGCUGGAUCAUAAUCUUUUCUUCCUCCACAAUUGCCUUUUAAAACCAUGAUCAGGCU